CCUUUCAGACACACACUGCACUGCCCCUCUCAGUUCAGCACACAUACUGACGAAGGCAAGCCCUGCUCCUUCACAGAGCCUGAGAACUUGAGAAGAUGGACAUGAGGAUGUUACUCUUCUCUCUUCUGAUUGUGCCAUGGACAUUCUGUGCAACAGCACGAAAUCAGAAAACUGAGCCUCGAAACAGAGGCUUAUCAAAAGUACUGGACUAUGAAGGACUCCAGACAGAUGGAGAAGUUUUCAUGGAGGCUAGGACACCAAAGAAGGACGUCGUAGUCUUAGACUACGAAAGUCCUGGAGAAGAAGAUGACCAAAACACAGCACUGGAGAAAAAAGAUGCAGAUCUGCCCACUUGCUUGCUGUGUGUAUGUUUGACUGGAUCUGUAUAUUGCGAGGAGGUCAACCCAGAGAUGAAAACAGUGCCAGCUCUGCCGAAAGAGACUGCAUACCUCUAUGCACGCUUCAACAAAAUUGCCAAAAUUACCAACAAGGACUUUGCUGACAUUGCCACACUAAAGAGGAUUGACCUGACUGGCAAUGUCAUCUCUGAGAUUGAGGACGGAGCGUUCUCUAAACUGGACCAGCUGGAGGAACUAACGCUGGCGGAGAAUCGGCUCGUCAGACUACCAAUGCUGCCUCCAAAGCUCACCAGUCUCAAUGCUAAUCACAAUCGACUCAAAACGAAAGGCGUGAAAACAAAUGCUUUUAAGAAACUCAGAAAGCUGGCGUACCUCUACCUUGGUGACAACGAGCUGGAGGCCAUACCACCAUUUCCCGAGAGCCUGAGAGUCGUCCAUCUUCACAACAAUAACAUAACUACCCUGACGGAUGAAACGUUCUGCAAGGGCAACGACACUCACUACAUCAGGUAUAACAUGCAGGAGGUGCGGCUGGACGGGAAUCCGCUGGUGCUGGCCCAGCAUCCCAACAGCUUUAUCUGUCUGAGAGCUCUACCAAUUGGACACUACAAGUGAGCUGGAGAGACAGAAGGGAGGAUGUCUGGAGAGCACUCCCUCUGUGACUGGCCAAAUGGCAACUGGUCUCACUAUGAUGUAGUUUGGUUGUUAUUCCAAGCACUCGUAGCAUCUACACAAAUGCUUCAGAAGCUUUUUUUUUCCAAAGUUCUCUAUCUAAGUGUUUACGUAGCUUAAGUAAGAUACUGUUUUUAAGGGCAUGUGGUAUACGGGAAAGUAAACGUUUGUAAUGUUAAUCAUUUUACUUCAUUUUUAUUUAACAUGGUACCGUUAAGAGGAGGGAAAGGAAAAUUUAACAUAUACAGUGAGAAAAAGUUUGAGUAAAUUCAUUAAUUUGGUAAAUGUAUGACACGGUAUUCAAAAUCCUUUGUUAAUAAAUCCAUCUUGAACAAA